UGCAACUUCAAGAGUGACUUCUGUGCAUUUGGCAAGGAAUGCAGUUUGGAGCAAUGCUUGAAGUGGUCACACACGCAAGACACUAAGUGCAUCCAAUAACUGAGAAACAGUGCAUUUCACAAAGGCUUAGAGUGCAGUUGGGUGAAGCAAAGCAAAUAAUUUUGGGAUAUUAGAUUCAUUUAAAAUCACGUAAAAUAUUUUAUUGCACAAAUAAAACUAAUUUGUUUAAAAAAAAUAAAUAUAAUAUACAUUUUUUAAUUAUAAUCAAAAUACAAUGAGCGCUUCUAUCGUUAUUAAUGGCACGUUAUACGUUGUGAACCUAUUAAAUUUUCCAGCAGAUAUAACUUUAAAUACAUUCAUAAGAGAGCAUGCGCAACUAACAGCCACAAAAUAUAUGUGUCUUGAAGGCGGGUGUGGGGCAUGUAUUUGCGUAAUAAGAGGCAAACAUCCUGUAACUGGGAAACUACGAACAUGGGCAGCUAACUCGUGUCUCACUUUGCUCAACUCAUUGGUAAAUAUGGAAAUUACUACUUCUGAAGGCAUUGGCAAUAAACGUAUUGGUUAUCAUCCAAUACAAAAGAUGCUUGCAAAGUUAGAUGGCAGCCAGUGUGGAUUUUGCUCACCAGGUUUUGUUAUGAACAUGUAUGGCUUACUCGAAGCCAAGGAAGGCAAAGUUACAACAGAAGAAGUUGAGAAUAGUUUUGGCGGUAACUUAUGCCGUUGUACGGGCUAUAGACCAAUUUUGGAAGCCAUGAAGUCUUUUGCAGCCGAUAACACAUACGAUAUGCUGCUUGAUAUAGAAGAAUUAAAUGGAAAAAGUUGUAAAAAAGCUGGGAAUAAAUGUCCAGCACUUCAGCAAAAACCACUGAGUCGUCUAAUUUAUGAAGAUGAAAGUCAAUGGUUUUGGCCAAAGACAUUUGAAGAACUAUUUGAUGAUUUGAGUAAAGUUAGAGAUAAUGAGUUUAUGUUUGUAGGUGGAAAUACUGCACAUGGAGUAUAUCGACGCAAUGAGAAUAUAAAAAGUUUUAUAGAUAUUAAUGCUAUACGUGAACUUAAAACUUACCACAUCGAUAAUGAACAUUUGACUUUGGGUGCAAAUCUAAGCUUAACUGAGACUAUGCAUAUUUUUAAAGAAGCAGCGCAAAGACCAGGUUUUGAAUAUUGUGAGCAGUUAUGGAAGCAUUUCGAUUUAAUAGCGAAUGUACCUGUGCGAAAUAAUGGUACAUUAGCUGGAAAUAUUUCUACCAAAAAAGCAUAUAUGGAAUUUACUUCUGAUGUUUUUAUAAUUUUUGAGACUUUGAAUGUGCAAUUGAUUUGCUACGAGUGUGCAAAUAAACCGCAAGUAAUGGGUCUAUUAGAAUAUUUGAAAUUGCCGUCGAAAAAGUUGUUGAUAGCUACAUUUUCUUUGCAAUCUUUUCCAAAGGAGAGAUACAUUUUUCAAUCAUAUAAGAUACUACCACGUGCACAGAAUUCUCAUGCCUAUGUGAAUGCUGGUUUCCUCUUAGAGAUGGAGUUGGAAACAGGGCUAGUACAUUCUGCACGCAUUUGUUACGGAGGUAUCAGACCAGAUUUCGUGCAUGCUACAACAGUCGAAGCUAUGGUAAUAGGCCAGAAUUUAUUCGACAGAGAGACUCUAGCUAAGAUAUUUCACGAGCUGUCAAUUAUCAUACAACCAAACGAUGUUUUACCUAACGCUUCUCCAGAAUAUAGAAAAAAACUUGCGUGUGGAUUAUUUUACAAACUGAUAUUAAAUUUGGUACCAGCAGAAUUAGUCAAACCGGAAUAUAAAUCAGGUGGUGAAUUACUUGUCAGACCAAUUUCAUCCGGUUCACAAACAUAUGAGAUAAAAAAGAAAAAUUUUCCUGUAAACCAGCCAGUGGAAAAAUUAGAAGCAAUUAUACAAUGCGCAGGUGAAGCAACCUACAUGAAUGACACCCUUACCACUAAUAAUUCCUUAUAUUGCGCUUUUGUGGGUGCUACACGGGUGGGUGCUAAAAUAGUGAACAUUGAUGCCAAAGAGGCAUUAAAAAUGCUUGGAGUUGUUGCUUUCUUUUCCGCUCAGGAUAUACCUGGCAGAAAUACAUUUGUCAACGAAAGAUUUCAAUGGUUUAUACCGGAAGAAAUAUUUUGUUCGGAUAUCGUUCAAUUCUAUAAUCAACCGUUAGGCUUGAUAGUCGCCAUAACACAUGAUAUAGCGCAUCGUGCUACGACACGUGUACGUGUUACUUAUACGAAUAUUCAAAAUCAACCACCCAAGCUAUCACUAAAACAGAUUUUAAGUGAUAAUCAUAAGAUAGAAACUAAUGUUGAAACGAAAACUAUCUCCAACAUUAAAGCGGGAACCAUAACUGCUAAAGGUAUCUUUGAAAUGGGUUCGCAAUACCACUUUACGAUGGAACCGCAAACAACUAUUGCUAUACCAUUUGAAGAACGUUUACAGAUAUCAUCAUCCACUCAGUGGAUGGAUCAUACACAAUGCGUUAUUGCAGAAAUGUUGAAUAUUAAAGUGAAUAGUGUACAAUUUGUUGUGCGACGCUUGGGUGGCGGGUAUGGAGCGAAAAUCUCACGCUGUAAUCAAGUGGCUUGUGCAGCAGCACUUGCUGCCUACAAAUUAAAUCGUCCAGUGCGUUUUGUCCAAACAAUUGAGUCCAUGAUGAACUGUAAUGGCAAACGUUGGGCAUGUCUCUCUGACUACGAGUUUCAUGCCUCAUUGAAUGGUAAGAUCUUGAGCUUAAGAAAUAAUUUCUAUGAAGACGCGGGGUGCUCACUAAAUGAAAAUCCCAUCAAUUUACUUACGAAUAUAUCUACAUUAAAUUGUUAUGAGCUCACAAGUAAUUAUCAGUACAACGGCCAAGCAGUAGUUACAGAUGCACCCAGUGCAACCUGGUGUAGAGCUCCAGGCUCUACUGAAGGUAUUGCUAUGACAGAGAAUAUAAUGGAACAUAUUGCAUUUGAAACUAAACUGGAUGCCGUGAGUGUACGUUUAGCUAAUAUUAAUCCUACAAACAAAAUGGCUCAGUUACUACCCAGAUUUAUUAAGUCGAUUGAAUAUCACACACGAAAAGCAGAAAUUGACGAUUUCAAUAAAAGAAAUCGUUGGGUUAAGUGCGGCUUAGGAAUAUCAGUGAUGCAAUUCAAUCUCAUAUUUUUUGGACAGUUUAGUGCUACGGUGUCAAUUUAUCACUGUGAUGGCACGGUAACCAUAUCGCAUGCGGGUAUCGAAAUGGGGCAAGGCAUUAACACAAAAGUUGCACAAGUUGCUGCUUACAUUUUAGGCAUACCGCUCGAGCUAGUCAACAUAGAGGCUACUAAUACUGUCAAUGGAGCAAAUGCUAUGUCUACUUUAAGUUCAUUUGGUAGUGAGAGUCUUUGCUAUGCAGUUCGCAAAUCUUGCAAUGUCCUUAACGAUCGACUCAAACCUGUCAAAGACUCGCUUGCAAAAAACUCUACAUGGCAACAAAUUGUCGCAACAGCCUGGCAGCGUUCCAUUAAUCUUAUUGCGAGUGAAAACUAUAAACAAGGCGAUAUGCAAAAUUAUUAUAUAUACGGCUUAGCUUGCACUGAAAUGAAAGUGGACUUAUUAACUGGAAAUCAUUUGAUAAAGCGUGUGGAUAUACUUGAAGAUACGGGGGAAAGUCUGAAUCCUCGCAUUGAUGUUGGACAAAUUGAGGGUGCAUUUGUGAUGGGUUUGGGUUAUUGGCUUACUGAGAAAUUGGUUUAUAAUCGCCAAACUGGGGAACUGCUAACCAAUCGAACUUGGAAUUACAAGCCACCUGGUGCAAAGGACAUACCAAUUGAUUUUCGUAUAGAAUUGUUACAGAGCAUACCAAAUGAAAAUGGUUUCAUGCGUUCAAAAGCAACUGGAGAGCCUGCAUUCUGCUUAGCAGUGAGUUCAAUAUUUGCUUUACAGCAUGCACUACAAUCGGCACGUGAUGACGCUGGACACAGAAAGGAAUAUAUUCGCUUAGGUGCGCCAACAACGCCAGAGGAUAUCGUAUUAGCAGCUGGGCAUGAAGUUGACAUGUUCACCCUUAAUUAGUGUUUUCGUUUUUAGGGUCAAUUUUGAUCACUUAUAUAUAGGUUUUCGAAAGAAAUAUUGUUAAAUGUACAUAAAAAAUAUUGGCAUCAUCAGUGGUUAGAUAUAUUAUCGGUGGGGGAUUAAAAUAAUUAACCUUAAAUAUUCAGAAUUUUUAAAAACAGUUUUAAGUAGUUUGUAUUCAUGUUUACAUAUUACAUACUUUCAACUAUAUAUCAUAUAUCAAUCUUAUCAAUAAUAAACAAUUUUAUAUGCAA